CCCGCGCCUGGCUGCUGGGCGGUGGCACCGGAGGGACCCCGAGCUGCAGGGUUUCUGGGGCGUCAUGAGCUGCAUCAACCUGCCCACCGUGCUUCCCGGCUCCCCCAGCAAGACCCGGGGGCAGAUUCAGGUGAUUCUAGGACCCAUGUUCUCAGGAAAAAGUACGGAGCUGAUGCGAAGGGUCCGCCGCUUCCAGGUUGCCCAGUACAAGUGCUUGGUGAUCAAGUACGCCAAGGACACGCGGUACAGCAGCAGAUUCUCCACGCACGACCGGAACACCAUGGAGGCACUGCCGGCCAGCCUGCUCCGGGACGUGGCUCAGGAGGCCCUGGGGGUGGCUGUCAUAGGCAUCGAUGAAGGGCAGUUUUUCCCAGACAUCGUGGAGUUCAGCGAGACUAUGGCUAAUGCGGGGAAGACCGUGAUCGUGGCCGCACUGGACGGGACCUUUCAGAGGAAGGCCUUUGGGACCAUCCUGAACCUGGUGCCCCUGGCGGAGAGCGUGGUGAAGCUGACAGCGGUGUGCAUGGAGUGCUUCCGGGAGGCGGCGUACACCAAGCGGCUAGGCUCAGAGAAAGAGGUGGAGGUGAUCGGGGGAGCGGACAAAUACCACUCCGUGUGCCGCCUCUGCUACUUCAAGAAGGCCGCGGGUCUGCCCGCCGCGCCGGACGGCAAGGAGAACAAGGAGAACUGCCCCGUGCCGGUGCCCGCAAGGCCCGUGGAGGCGGCGGGAGCCCGGAAGCUCUUCGCGCCGCACCAGGUCCUGCAGUGCAGCCCCGCCGCCAACUGAGGCUGCCGGCCCGCGCCGCCCCCCGCCGGCCGCCCGCCCCGCCCCCGCGCCCCCUGCUGGCAGCUGCGAGGCCCGCCCCAGGAGGAAGUGCGGGCGGGGCGAAGACGGGACUUUCUGCAGCCCGCGGUGCGGGUCUCGGGCCGGUGGUCUGCGCGUCUGCGCGUCCCGGUUCCCCUGUCCCUGGUUCCCUUCCCGGCCGCCGGUGCCCCCGCGAGCUAGGGCCCGGCCGCCGCAGCCAGCCCCACCCCCCACCCUCCCGGGGGGGGGGGGGAAGGGCAGAACCACACACUGUGGCGACGUGGGCGCCCAUGGCUUCCCCCUUGUGGCUUUCGCCGUUGAGUUUCUGUUCUCACUGGGAAGUCCGUGCGCCGGUACCUCCCGCGCAGACCCAGCUUCGGCCCACGCAGAAGUUUCUGUCUCUGCUUGGGACUCUCGGCCCCCAAGGGUGGCUGGACUUGGGUCCUCCUGCUGCCUGCACCCCCGUGAUCAUUUUCUCCGGAAUUACAGCUUCUCUCACACGGGAGACCCUUAGCCCGAUGGGUCUCAGGUCCCAGGGGCCUCUCUUUUAAAAAGCUGGAUGUGGAGGUGUUAGGGGCAGAGGUGGCUAGGGUUAGGAUCUAGGAUUCUGUUGUAGCCUGUGAAUUAAUAACUAAUAUUAAAAUUUACUGGUUGGCGAAA